CGCCACCGCGAAGCGAUCAUGACGUACUCCGAGCGUGUAUUAACGAACAUCAAAUUCACAUACAAAAGCAAUAACGAUUAUAGUCUUCAGCUUACCCGUUGGUUUCUAAUGCCGAUCGCAGCCUGGCCACGACCGACCGCGACAACGACGGUGGAGAGGAUCUCUCUACAAGCGCAAGUUCUCGCUUGCUCAUCUCUGAUAGCGGUCGUCAUGAUACCAUGCAUAUUGUACGUAUCACUGGAAGAGAAAGACGUUCAGAUCAAGUUGAGCGUGAUGGGUCCGCUAAGUCAUUGGAUUAUGGGAACAAUUAAUUACUGGCUACUCCUUACGCGAAGCGAUGACAUUCGCGAAUGCGUGCAACACAUGGAGAUGGAUUGGAGGCUGGUUCGUAGAACCGAUGAUCAAGACGUGAUGCUGCGAUACGCGAAGAUCGGUCGCUUCGUCGCAGGAUUCUGCGCGGUGUUCAUGCAGAGCGGGACGUUUCUCUUCGUCGUGGCUAAAGCAAUGACAUCCAUAACUAUCAUCGUCGGCAACGAGACUACGUCGAUGCACCCAAUGACCUGCCCGAUAUACAGCAAGUUUAUCGACACGAGAUUCAGCCCCACGAAUGAAAUCAUGCUAUUUGUGGAAUUGUUGUCUUGCUUCAUAGUGAACUCGAUUACAGUGGGAGCUUGCAGCCUCGCGGCUGUUUUCGCGAUGCACGCUUACGGCCAACUGAGCAUGCUAUUCUCGUGGCUGAACAAUCUUGUCGAAGAUGAAAAAAAGGCAAAUAAACUUGUUGAACGGAAGCUAGCCACGAUCGUGGAGCAUCAUUUAAGAGCGCUAAGUUUUAUAUCACGCAUAGAGAAUAUCAUGCAAAACAUCUGUCUUGUGGAAUUGGUGGGAUGCACGUUAAAUAUGUGUUUACUUGCAUAUUAUUCUAUUACGAAUUGGAGUGAUUUUGAUGCAGCAAAAAUAACAUCGUAUAUUAUCGUAUACGUAUCAAUGGCUUUCAAUAUUUUUAUAUUUUGUUACAUUGGCGAGAUUCUCACGGAACAGUGCAAAAAAGUUGGUGAAAAGGCAUAUAUGAUUAAUUGGUAUGAAUUACCGCACAAAACUGCCCUUGGUCUUGUUUUAAUAAUAGCGCGAUCGAGUAACGUUAUCAAGAUAACCGCUGGAAAAUUAUUUCAAUUGUCUAUUGCAACUUUUGGUGAUGUAAUUAAAACUUCUGUGGUAUAUUUGAAUAUAUUAAGAACGAUGACUCAUGCCACGUAAGGUACAUUAAAUUAGUAAACAUAUAUCAACAAAUAUAUUUUGUAUAGAACUCAAAUGUGAUAUAAUAGAAAAAUAGAAGAGAUAUAUUUAAUAAAUAAAAAAAGCUACAAACAUAUAUACUAAAUUAUUUAAAGGCACAGGAUAGUGUCACGUCUUAUUCAAUUAUUCUUAAAUGUUUUUUUAGAAGAAAGAGAGAAUUUAAAUGGUUUUUUUUUAGAAAGAGAGAAAAAAGAAAUUAUGAAAAAGUAUAAUUUCUUUAAAACUAUUGCUAUUUCUCCACAAGAAAAUAUUUUCGCUUUUAAUUAAUAUCUGAAAAAAAAUAAAAUAAUGAUGAUUAAAGUUUAUAGAUCUAUCUAAAUUAUACAUAAAAAUAUCACCAUCCCUCAUCUUAAUUAACAAUAAAUUAAUACUUUCCCGAGUACGUUUAUAACAGUCAAUUCCAUUGCGAGAGACACCUUCUCUGGUAUAGCGUACUCUAUGAAUAUCGAUUGACUGACGAGACGCACAGAUAUCCUCUUAUUACCUCUUAUUACAUUACCAUAAAGUGCUCGCUGGCGCAGGCGCCACUUCCUGUCACUGCACGCGUGUCCAUCAAUCGAUUCAGUAUCAUUCGCGC